CAUUGCACUUUUUUUUUUCCUUUCAGGAACGCGUUCGGCCCGCGGCAGGGGGCGGGGUCGCGCCUCUGUCGCGGCUUUGGUUCCAGCGGAGCCUCACGGACGCGGAGAUGGAAAGCCCAAGGCUGUUCCCGGCUCGUGGGGCACGACAGGGCGGCGGCGCUGGCAGCCCCGUGAGCGGCGGCCGGGACCACGGAGGCCCUGACACGCAGGCUGGCCAGGCCCCCAUGCGCCGCCUCCUGCUGCUCCGGGGACCCCAAGAUGGCGGGCCCGGGCGGCGGUGCCAGGAGGCUCGCGCGGCCUCACGGGGCCCGGGCCUGAGCCCUUUGGCGCCAAGGCCCGAUCACACUGGCGGCGGCGGCGGCGGCGGCGACUUCUUCCUGGUACUGUUGGACCCUGUGGGUGGCUACGUGGAGACCACGGACACUGGCCAGGCCGCGGGGCCUUUACGCAGGGAGGCGGCCGAGCCGGGCCCACGGCUCCAGGCGGGCGAGAGUGGCGGGAACCCCGCGGGCCGCCCUGCUCGGGGCCCCCGCUGCCUGUCCGCGGUGCCUGCCCCAGCCCCGGCUCUGGCCCCGGUCCCUAUCCCGAUUCCCGCCCCAGGCCCGGGCCCCGCUGCGGCCUUCGCGGGCACCAUCACCAUCCACAACCAAAACCUGCUCUUGCGCUUUGAGAACGGCGUCCUCACCCUGGCCACGCCCCCGCCGCCAGCCUGGGAGCCUGGGGUCGGGCCUGCCCUGCAGCCUGGGGGUCUGAUCGCCCCGCAAGCAGCGGCCCUGCACACCGCGCAGCCUGGCGACUGCCCCGAGCUGCCGCCCGACCUCCUGCUGGCCGAGCCGGCCGAACUCGCACCGGCCCCGGCACCGGAGGAGGAGGAGGAGGAGGCGGAGGGCCCGGCCGCCGAGAGCCCCCGUGGGCUGCUGGGCCCGGGCCCGGGCGUGGUGCUGUACCUGUGUCCUGAGGCGCAGUGCGGACAAUCCUUCGCCAAGAAGCACCAGCUGAAGGUGCACCUGCUGACACACAGCAGCAGCCAGGGCCAGCGGCCCUUCAAGUGCCCCCUGAGCGGCUGCGGCUGGACUUUCACCACCUCGUACAAGCUCAAGAGGCACCUGCAGUCGCACGACAAACUGCGUCCCUUUGGCUGCCCGGCGGAGGGCUGUGGCAAGAGCUUCACCACCGUGUAUAACCUCAAGGCGCACAUGAAGGGCCAUGAGCAGGAGAACUCGUUCAAAUGCGAGGUAUGCGAGGGGAGCUUCCCCACGCAGGCCAAACUCAGCGCCCACCAGCGCAGCCACUUCGAGCCAGAGAGGCCCUACCAAUGCGCGUUUUCCGGCUGCAAGAAGACGUUUAUCACAGUGAGCGCCCUGUUUUCCCAUAACCGCGCCCACUUCAGGGAACAGGAACUUUUUUCCUGCUCAUUUCCUGGCUGCAGCAAGCAGUAUGACAAGGCCUGUAGGCUGAAAAUUCACCUGCGGAGCCACACUGGUGAGAGACCUUUCCUUUGUGACUUUGACGGCUGUGGCUGGAACUUCACCAGCAUGUCCAAACUCUUAAGGCACAAAAGGAAGCACGACGAUGACCGGAGGUUCAUGUGCCCUGUGGAAGGCUGUGGGAAAUCUUUCACAAGGGCUGAACAUCUGAAAGGCCACAGCAUAACUCACCUGGGCACAAAACCUUUUGUGUGCCCCGUGGAAGGCUGCUGUGCCAGAUUCUCUGCUCGCAGUAGCCUCUACAUUCACUCCAAGAAACACUUGCAGGAUGUGGACACUUGGAAAAGCCGUUGCCCAGUCUCCACUUGUAAUAAACUCUUCACAUCCAAGCACAGCAUGAAGACCCACAUGGCCAAAAGACACAACUUCCGCCAGGAUCUCCUAGCUCAACUAGAAGCUGCAAAUUCUCUUACACCCAGCAGUGAACUCACCAGCCAGGCACAGAGUGAUUUCAGUGAUGCAGAGCUAGUGUCUCUCUUCUCUGAUGUGCCUGGCAAUAGUUCUGCGGUGCUGGGUACGGCACUGGUGAACUCUGGAAUCUUGACUAUUGAUGUGGCUUCUGUGAGUUCAACUCUGGCAGCGAAUCUCCCUGAUAACAAUAAUAAUUCCUUGGGGCAGGCUGUGGAUCCUCAGGCCCUGAUGGCCACCAGUAACCUUCCUCAAAGCCUGGAUACCUCUCUCUUUUUUGGAACGACAGCCUCUGGUUUUCAGCAGAGCACCUCAGAUACGGAUGAUGUCUCAAGUCUAAGUGUGGAGCCAGUGGGAUCCCUGGGCUCCUUGGCUAUGAAAAACUCCGGUCAAGAGACCCAAGCUUUGACCCCCAGCAGUAAGCUAACAGUGGACACAGAUGCUCUGACUCCUUCGAGCACACUUUGUGAAAACAGUGUCUCAGAACUACUGACACCAACCAAAGCAGAAUGGAGCGUACAUCCUGAUACUGACUUCUUUGGACAGGAGGAAGAAACCCAGUUUGGAUUCUCCAAUCAAGCAGGAAACCAUGGUUCUCAGAAAGAAGCAGAUCUUAUCACAGGGACUGGCAGCUCAUUUUUGUCAUUUCUUUUAGGUCUGAAAAAGAGCAGAGUCCUGGGCGACGAGUUUGGAGAUUUAAAUUCUGAUCUUGAGCCUGGAACUGACAAGUUGCGUGACCCUGAGCGAGCCACUUAACCUAUCUGAGCCUUAACUUCCUUGCUUAUAAAAUGAGGUGGUUUGAAUAGAUUGUUUUUAAAGUCCUUUCAGCUCCAUAUUUUCAUGGUUUUGUGCUCUUUCUUGAAAAUUUUAGAAUAUUUUACAAUAACUUGCACAUGCUUCUAUUGUAAUGAAAAGUACAUUGAGACUUAAUAAUCAGAGAACAUGGAACAGGUGUUUAACAUCUUAUGGAAAUUUUACACAAUGCCAAAAUAUUUCUAUAACUUAGUGUAUGAGCUUUAAAAAAAGUAAAGGUAAUUAUGUUUUUGUUCGUUUUACCUAUUUAUCUUUCUCUUCUCUUUUUUUGGUGAAAAGCGGUGUUGUGCAAAGUGCCAGGGCUUUGAUAUAACUCAGACACAGAAAUAUUGACUUUGUGUUGUUGCAUAAGUGGCCUUAAAAAAGUUAUUUAGUGUCACUAAGCCUCAGUUCCCUAACUGUAAAAUCAUCUUUAUAACGUACACGUGUCUUGUGCGUCUUACACUUUUUUUUCUAUCCCAGUAGUUAGUUUUGCAGGGAAAAUAUUUGUGAUUUGGCAUGUUUUGAUACAUCUUUAUCACUUUUCCUGCUCCUUAUUCCUUCUCAAAGAGGAAAAUUAACAUAAUUUUAUAACACAUUUGUGCAGGCAAUAAAGUUUUAUGAGGAUUAAGAAUCUCUUUCUUCCACAGAUUAAGAAAGAUUUUUCUCCACACAAUUCUUACACGACACUGCCCACAUGUCUUUUAGACCUGAUUAUAGUGUCUUUGCUGUGUAUUCAAGGCUUGCCCACAGAGCGACUAGAGAGCCUGUGGUUCCAAAAAAAAUCUGGGAAUGGAUCAGAAUGAGAUUUUCUCCCAUCUGUGCCCCAGAGAAUUCAUUGCUUGCCUUCUCCCAUGGUUGGAAUGAGAGGUUUCAUUUGGAUUUUGAGUAAAUAAUUGUCUGUCUUACAUGAGUAUAGUUUUUUACAGUUUACGUGUCACUUUCACAAGUAUUCUAUUUGAUCAUCACAAUUUUGUGAGAUAGCCUUAGCAAAGUUUUAACUAAACUCAUAUUAAAUAUACCUAACUUACUUUAUAAAUGAAUUUUGCUUAGUAACUCUUAAUUGUGUAUGUAUGUAUGUUUAUAUUUGUGUGAAUAUAUAUAUAAUAUAUAUUUGUUAUAGAAUGGGAGUUACAGAAUGCGAGUGUAUGUGUGUGUGUAUUUUAUAUAUAUACUUCUGAGUUUCAUGAUCCUUUUGUUUACAACCAUAUUUUCUGUAUCACCUGAAUUAAUGUCUGUUUCCUUCUGCUAUCUUUGUUCCCUCUCCAACCUAUUCUCUAGCAUGUACACACGAGUCCUUGUCAUGAUCUCUUUUUAAACUUUAAUUAGGCAAGUCUUCUUCAUGGUCACUAUUUCUCAGCCUUUCUCUUCAUGGCCCAUUUUUUUAGUCACAAUAUUUACUGCAAGUCUGAGUGUGCACUAAGAUAUUGUUUUCUGGACUGAGAUGUCAUUGUGUAUAUAUGAAUCAAAUAAUAAUGGCGAUAUUUUAUGUAAAGUUUUCAUGAGACAUGAGACAUGUACUUUUGCUUUUCUAAAUUUUUUUUCCACCAUAUAGUUCUGUUAACAAACACUAUUUGUUGCUCUGAAACAUUCUAACCCAAUAUUAUUUGCAUGGAAAUAUUUGUGGAUGACAUCUUUAUAAUUUGCAGUUUGGCAGUGCACUUUAUAAUUUGUCACUUUGAAAUGCAUCCAUACUAAUUUUUAAAUUGUACUCAUUCAGUGAAAAAGCAAAAAGUAUAUAAUAUACAUACAUUUGUACUCAAAUAAAUGGUCAGAUUUUGAUUGUUCCUAACCAUUUAACAAGUUCUCCUUCAGCACCAUGGAAAGAUUUUAAGCCCGUUUUAGAAAAGUGCUGUCAUUAGCUAAGUCCUCUUACAUAGAUUAUUCUUCAUUUCCUAGAGAUAGGAAUGGAGAAACUAUCUGAGGUGAGAAUCAUUUAGGAGUCUAUUGAACACACAGACAUCUGUUGAAUUAUAUAACCAUAAAAAUAUUUAAAAAUCCUUUCACUUUGUUUCUUUAAUUCCUUGAUCCUGUUUCCUCCCAUUAAAAACUAUCAUAAAAUGCUCUUUUGUUCUAUUCUGUGCAAUUGUCAAAGGACAAAUUUUACUUUUCUUGAAGAUAAUAAUCUUGUAAUUAUUUAUGGGCUCACACAUUUUCUUUCAGUCAAUUUGUUCAAAAGAUUUCUCUUUGAAUACCAUUUUCCCAGCAUGAUGGUUAAAAAUGGCAUGAAAUUACAAUCAGAAGUGUGACUACAAACAUAAUGGUUACAUUCUGGUUAAAUUUGCCAUUUAAAAAAAUAAUGGGACAUCGUUUAAUGUUAUACCGGUUGCCUUUUGUGCCUUUACUUUAUUAAAAUUUUGCCGAUUGAAAACACAGUAACAAAAUGCUUUGUAGGAAGGCUUGUGUCUAGGGGAAUCUGUUGAACAUGCCCAUCAUGAGUUGAAAUUUGUUAAUCUUGACAUUUUUACCAUUAUCUUUUACCUUUAUAGUAUUACAUAAUUCAAAGCUUUGAGUAGUAGAAAUGAAACUUGAUAGAAUGAGUAUCAUUUUUCUCUGUAGAUUAAAUGCUUCAUAUUCCCACAUAGGAAAAAUAAUAGAAAACUUUGGUAUAAUAGGUUAUUUAUGACUAUUCCUUGAUUCCAAAUAAAGCAUUGAUUAACUCCAUUUGGGAAUACUCAGAAUUCCUUAGUAAUUAUUGGUAUCAAACAGAUCCACUUGAUGAGUUGGUAAUAAUAAAAACUAAUUUAGGUGCAGAUCACUCAAAAUAUGUGAUAACUGAAAUAUAAGACUAAAGUGAAAUUUAUGUUUAUAUUCAUUUUGAACAAAAGAUUUGCUUAGUAAUUUUUAAAAAGAAAUAUGAAUUGGGGAUUUAGAGAACAGAUUAAGAACUUUAUCAGAACACAACUACAUAUAAAACACAAAGCAGUCAUUACAAAUGAACUUACUGUAUUUUUCAAAUCUGCACUGAAGGAAUCUUUGGUAACAAUUUUUAAGCUAGUGACAUCUCUCACUGUACAUUUCAAGUUAGUUUACUGACUACCUACAAAAUGCAAGGUAAAGCACAAGGGAUAUAAUAGAUAGGAGUAAAAUACAAGCCACAUCUUAAUUUUGGACAGGACAUGGGAAUUCACAUAUUAAACAUUUUACAACUGAACAGUACCAUACCAGGAAAUGUGCUUUUAGACACCAAAUUAAUGAUUUGGAGGAAAGGGAGAGGCAGUAGUUAUGCUUUAAUGGAUGGUUAGAUUUAGUUAUAUAGAGAAGAGAGUAGAUGAACUCCAGUCAGGAAGAAAAUAAUUCAAAUGGAGUUGGCCACAACAUUGGGAAAGACAACCUAGCUCAAACGAAGUGUUCAUGUUUGGAAAAAGCUGGGUGUUAGGGUUAGACUACCAGUACAGAGCCAAACUUUAGAGAGCUGUGAUUACUAGUAACAGUAGGUAGGACUUUAUUCUGGACAUGGUUAAGAGCCAGUGAAGAUAUAUAAGAAGGAAAGUCAAAUGAUGAAUAUAUAGAAAGCUCAGUAUAUUAACCAUGUACAAUGUGGAUUUUAGGGACAUAGGAAAAUCAUUUAGGAGUCUAUUGUAAUAAUUUUAGGGUGCUGUGAUGAAGGCUUGGACUGAUACUGGAGCAGGAAGGGACAGAUAUUGGGGAUAUUUCCAAAUUGAGGAAGCAAAUAUAACUUGGUUACUCAUUGAAUAUAUGUGACAUCCAUCAGAAAAAGGAAGUUCAGAAGUGACUCUAAGGAUUUCUUGGAGACUAAAAACUACAUUUCAUUAACAUGAACAGGAAGGUUGGGUAUUGAAAUCUUUUAUAUAUAUAAUAUAUAUGGAAUUAUAUAUGGGAAGUUAAUUAGGCCAUAUUUAAUUCACUGGGAAGUGAUAAAUCACUUAUCUCUGAAUAAGCUAUGCAUAUUGUGGAUUAUACACACUCUUAGAUAGUGGAGACCACUUCAUCUCCCUUGGUUCCUUCAUAUUCUCUGAUUCACAAUGUUUGUACUCUUGUUUGCCUUUGAGUUUUUACAGGCCUCUACAACCUCAUAUAAUACUACCCCAGAAUAGUCUGCAUCAAAAUGAGCUAUGUCAUCUCUGUAGAUUGGAGAGACAGGAAUAGGAUUGUCCAAAACUAAUUUGGGACUCCUUACCCAUAAUCUGUCACUAACAUGGUAUGGGAGCUCAGUCACAGGAAUGACAUCCUCUGUUAUCUACAUACCCUAUUUUCUCCUUUUUAUUGUUACCCUUACCCCUAAUGGUGAUAAUGCAGAAGGAAUGGAGUCCAAAGAAAAAGUUAAAGUAAAUAAAUAGCAUCACUGACUACUGAGCAGUUGCAUUUUGUUUGAUGGUGAAUUGCUGUCCAGCAUUGUCAAUAGAACACGUCAUCUCAUUCUAGUUUUCUGAUAUUAUGGAACUGAAACACAUGAUCUAUCACUUGGCCUACAGAAAGUUAUUCAGUAUUUUAAACAAGACAAUGAGUCUAAAGAGCAUUAAUAAGAUAUGAAUCUCUUAGAAAUAUCUCUUAUUGUUACCAGUUUAUUAAGCAGCUGGUAAUUGAGUACCAACUCUGUGUAAAGCAGUAUAAAGUAUGACACAAAAGUAUAUUUCAUCAAUUCAUUCAAACAUUUUUGAGCACUUAUUUGACAAGUGCUGUCUGUCCUUGUGCUCACACACAUUAUAGACAGGGAAACUAAUCAUUGAAAAAAAUAUGUAAUCAAGUUCUAAAUGGUUGCAUUUGGAAAUACAGAUUUAAAUACAAUAGCAGUUGUAAUUCUCAAGGGUGGACUAAAAAUUGUUAUGAAAAAUUUAAUGUACAGAUAAUCAAAAGCUAUUUCAAAAAGUUCUAAGAAUCUAAAAUUCAACCUGGGGUGCAGCAAUUAAAGUAUCCUAAAUUGAAAUUUUAAAACAGAAUUUUAGUGACAGCUUAAAUUAAAGCAAAAUCCUUAGGAAUUAAAUUUUAAAUUAUGCUUAUUUUUAUUUAUUAUAGAUUGUAAUCUUGGCUGUUGUAAGUGUUAAAUCUGAAGGUGAUCUUUUGGAAACCCUAUAAUACAAAUAUUAUUUUCAAAUGAGAAAACUAGUGCAUAAUUAAAUGGUAUUAAGCUAAAUAAAAUUACCUUCAUAUUAGACACAAAAGCAUAUUUUGAUUUUCUGAAAAACAAAAACCACAAGGAAUUUAAUUAGAAACUAAUUAUUUCAUAUAGGUACACUAGUUGAAAAGAAGGGUAUAUAAAUUUAAUGUGAUAUUUAGGACUAAGAACUGGAAUUUAACAUGAAGAAUCCUGAGAAAUCACCAAUCAUGUGGUUAGUGUCAGGGUAAUCACCAAGCAAGCAUUUAAGAGGCUCAGUAAGUUGCUUGACACAUUUGGAAAGGAGAACAAAAACAACCACAGCAAAAUAAAACUCUUUAGUGAAGCAGCACUAAGUUUCCAAGAUGCAAGACAAUUAUACAAAUGGUGUAACAAAAAGAGACAUUUCAACUCUUGGGCAUUCUCACUUUGGAAUAAACCCAAGAAAGUAUUACUCUUCAUCAGGACCUGUUUCCCUUUCCUGUUUACACUGCAGUAUGAGACUUCAUUAUGCUGGAUGGAUGUGAAAGAAGGAAGCUGGUCACAUGUCUUUGGGGAAACCAGCCAAAAUAGAGAAAUGAAAUGGAAAUUCCACAGCCAAUGACGAAGUGAAUAGAGCAGCAGUUCACCCCGUUCUAGUUCCAACUUUAGAAUAUAUGCUGCUAGAUAGAAUGAGUAUUCUUUUCCUCCCAAUUCAUGUUAGCGUUUGUUAGUUAAUGGUAAACUUAGUACUUGGUGUUUCUAAGGAAAUGCAAUAUUUUUUUUUCCAUUAAAGUCAUCUUAUAUUUCUGUGCCUUGUAGAACUAAUUAUUAUUUUAUUGCCAAUUAUUUAUAACACCAAUAAGAAUUAUAUCAGAUGCUAUGACAUACUAAUAGAAAAAAAGAGACAAGUCAUGUAUUUAUUAUUUUGCCUCACUUUUCAAAACAUUAAAACUUGUUUCUUUUUUUCUAAUUUGAGGUAUGUCACUGUCAUUUAUGUACUUAGAAAGCAGUAGGAUUUGAGAGUAUUGUAAAAAUAAGACUUCACACUUCUAACUUCAGAAUUUGACUAUUUUGCAAAUGGAGAAACCUAGGCUAGCUGGACUACUUUCCUAGAUAACAGAAGGCAUAUAUAAGGGAAUGGAAGACAAACUCAUUGGAUAAAAAGAGAUUAAUUUCUGUUAUUAGAACAGAUUUAGUAUUUAUCGAUUUUGCUAAUUUUGUAUAUUUUACAGACUAUUAUAGUCCAUUUCUAGAAGAACAACUGCAGCAUUAAAUCUUUAUACCUUAAAAAUUUAGCUAACUUGCAUUAUAUUUAAUUUUUAUAGUAGGCAUUUGAUAAUCCUUUGCACUGCUAAAUCUAUGUGCCAGAUCUCCUGAAUAUUGUAAAAACUCAAUGCAUAGGAGUUUGCAAAAUUUCUGUUUGCAAAGUGAUUGAUUCUAGUUGUCCCUCACUUUAGAUUCUUUUGGGGCAAAAAAAUCCUCAAAGAUAAAAUGUUAGCUAGAUCUAAGAACUCAUUGAGGAUUCUUCCCAAAAACAGAAAUGAGAAAAUAAAAUUUAAAUAACAAAAAGAGGUCAACUUUGCUCUAUAGCCAAAUGUUUCAUCUUUUCAUAAAUGUCUUUGUUUGAUAACAUAUGGAUAAAAGCACAGUGCAAUUUUGAAACAUGCCCAGUAUUUUCCAGUUACAGUUAGCAAUAUAAAGCCUUCAGAUAGAUGCUGUUGAAACAUUGGUCAUCUGUCUGAUACCAUCUCACUUUCAGAAGUUCCAUGAAGAUAGUAAGAAGUGAAAAGUUUUCCAAAUUUAGGUCCUGCCUAUGAUUUGCCAAAAUGUGGUCAGAUUAGAUGCUAUUGAUUAUUUUACGUGAUAGAUAAUCUUAAUGGUUUGUGCUUUUAACUAUUUCUACUCCAUAGUCUUUAAAGUAUUUGAAAACUAAAUGUAUUUGAUUCAUGCCAUUAAGAUUGAUAAUUCAUUUUUUAUUUGAUUUUCUUUUGCAAGACUGAUGGAUUAAGUAAAUAAGCAUUCAGAUAAUAGCUUAUAGGUUAUCAGUUUUGAAGUUGUAUAUUUUAAUCAUUCUUUGCUUUAAUUUCUAAGCUACCCUAUAUUGAAUCAUAACUGACUCUAUGAAACAUUUUAUUUAUAAAAUGUAUUAUUUUCAUGUUUUUAAAUGAAAUGUAACAUAUAUUACAAACAGAUUAUGAGGCUAUAGCUACAUGAAUUUUCACAAAGUGUAACCACCUACUACCCAGAUCAAGAAAUAGAAAUCUACCAGAACCUCAAAGCUCUGUUGUGUCCUCUUCCAGUAGACUAUCCUGAACCAAAGCAAGUAUGAUCUUGACUUCUAAAACCACAGAUUAAGGGUUUUUUGGGUUUGUUUUUGUUACUCUGUUAUUAUUGAGAUAAAAGUCAUAUAACAUAAAAUCAUGAAAUUUACUAUUUUAACCAUUUUAAAAUCAACAAUCGGUGGUUUUCAAUAUAUUCACAAUGUUUUGGAAACAUCAGGAGUAUCUAAUUCCAGAACAUUUUCAUCACUCCCAAAUGAAAUCUCACACCUAAUAAGAAGCCAUAUCCUAUUCCUCUCAUCCCCUAAAGAUUACUAAUUUAACUUUCACUUAUCUAUGGAUUUGCCUUUUCUGCACAAUUCAAAUAAAUGGAAGCAUACAAUGUGUGACCUCUUGUGUCUGGCUUAUUUUACUUAAUCUGUUUUCUGUGUUCAUGUUGUAGCAUGUAUCAAUACUUCAUUCUUUCUAUGGCUAAUAAUAUUCCUCGGUAUGGAUAUGCCAUAUUUUGUUUAUUAAUUCAUCAGUUGAAUAUUUGGGUUGUUCCCACUUUUUAGCUAUUAUGAAUAAUGCUGCUAUAAACAAUUGUGUACAUGUUUUCAUGUGAAUAUAUUAAAACCAUAGAUUAAUUUUGUUUAUUUUUAAGUUUUAUAGUGUGUUUGACUUAUUUUAUGGAACAUUUGGUUUGUAGGCUUCAGCCAUGCUGUUGCUUGUAGAAAUAGUUUAUUUUUGUUAUACAUAGUACUUUUGUAUGCCUAUAUCACAAUUAUUUUUACAUUCUGUAAAUGGGCAUUUAUGUUGUUUUCAGUUUGGGACAAGUAUUAAUUAUAUGUACCAUUCAAAUGUA